AUGUCCAAUACACAACAGACCCCAACUUACGGAUAUCCUAUAGCUUCGCCGUAUGUGCCUGUGGUAGCCGAGUCGUCUGCGCAGGCGCAGGCACAACAGAGUGCCCAGAGCACGGCAGGCGCUGCUGCUGCACCCGCUGCAUCAGCAUCGACUUCUGCGCAGACUCCUGCCGCACAAUCUCGUCAGGCGGCUGAGGAGGCCAGGAAGGACCGCACGUUGGCCGACUUUAUGUUGAUGUUGGACGAGUAUGAGCCUUUGAUACCAAAUGAGGUCACAGACUACUACCUCCAACGCGUCGGGUUUGAGUGCGAAGACGUUCGCUUAAAACGCUUGCUAUCACUCGCUGCCCAGAAGUUUGUAUCUGAUAUCGCCGCGGACGCAUACCAACACGCGCGUAUUCGAACGAAUGCGUCUGGAGGGCGAGCACGCGUCAACCAACCUCUUACAGGUCCUGGUUCUGCGAAGGACAAGACGAGAACGACGUUGACAAUGGACGAUCUGAGUGCGGCUCUUGCAGAGUACGGCAUAAACUCUCGGAAACCAGAGUAUUACAUAUAG